CUACAUACAGUAGGCACCCGGUGCAUAUAUAACGGUUACAGUACAUGGAAAUGGAAUACCAGGAAGAGAAAUUGUCGGACGCUCUUGUUCUCGCCAGAACCAGGGCGGCUGAUCUUGAAAGUGUCAAGAAAUUAAAUUUCUGGGGCUCUGAUAUUGAAAAUGUUAGUGUGGUUCGCAGAAUGCCUAAUCUAGAAGUUUGCAGUUUGAGUGUCAACAGUAUAAAAACUUUAGAAGAUUUUUCCUAUUGUCCAAAUUUACAAGAACUUUACAUCAGAAAAAAUAAGAUUAAAGAUCUAUCAGAAAUCAAUCACCUUGCCACAUUGCCACGGUUACGGAACCUAUGGCUUGCCGACAACCCAUGUGCAGAGACAGAAAACUACAGAUCCAUUGUUCUAAAGACGCUGCCAACUCUACAAAAAUUGGACAAUAUUGUUGUAACAGAAAGUGAAAAGGCUCAAUUUGCCGCUACUGAGCUGCUGACAAAUGACACUGAGGACCCUGAGGAGAUUGAGGACCCUGAGGACCCUAAGGAUCCUACGGUUACAGGCACAGAAGCCACUAGUUCCGAUAUUACAGGCUGUACAGAAGUAAAUGAUGACAGAGAACCAGAAACAAUAACCCCACCUGCUGACAAAGAACCAGAAAUGCUUGGUGACUCCAGUCACCUGGGUUUGAAUGGUGAAGGAGAGGAUGACACCCGUCCAUUUGAAUCUGCCACUGAGGUCAAUGAUGUAGAGGAGCAGUCCAAUGUCAAAGACAAAGAUUUCAAACCGCAUAAAAGUGCUCCACUGGACCCUGUAACACUGACAUGGGAAGAAACUAAUAAAAUUCGACAAGAGGUUGGAUUAAAGCCUCUGCCAUUUGAGAAGAUCACAUCAACUAGACCUGUUCCUGCUAGUGCAAUGACGUCACGGAAUGCUCAUAUACUACAGGCAGUUUUGAUACUGAUACGAGAGUUGGACAAUGACAGUCUGGAGACAGUACAGUGUACUAUACAGCGGAAACUCAACCCACCUUCCUGAUCAUCACUACAGCAUCUUAUAUACGCACACACAACAAACUGCCACCAUAUGGAGACUGCACUGUACAUAUGAAACUUCGAAGAUAUUAUGUGCAUGUGCUGAGAUUCUGGAUUUUUAUUAUUAUGACACCAAGUGUAACAUGUUUUAUUGUACCCAGUAUAAUGGUAAUUUAUUAUAUUCUAAAUAACUUGUCUGGAGAAGUAGUGUCUCAGGUUCUCCCAGGUCUGAAAUCUGGGAGUCCGACUUACAAAAGUAAUUAUAUCAAAUUAUAAUGAAUUGUAUUUAUUAUUAUUUUUUUUUUAUAUUUGUCAUAUGAUAUAAAGACAAAGCUACAGUUCUGCCUUCUAAUUGCCGUUAAUCAUUUUUAUGUUACAUAUGAAGGGAUUGUGUUUUCCUUUCUGGUGUAUGUGCAUGUGUUUGAUUCAUCAGUGGUUAUUUUUAACCAUGUGUACAUUUCCAACCAUAUGGACUACAUUAUGGUGCUCUCUAGUAGUCAGGUUGUCUGUCUAUCUGUUUGAACAUUAUCUCUGGCUGUGAAGGCUCAAGUGACCUAUUCUCUAGGACACUAUACAUUGGAAUACAAUUAUCAAAAAUAUUUAUGAUAUAAGGCCAAAACAGGAUGCCAAACUUUCUUCAUCGUCCCAUGAUGAUACACUAUGACGUGCAAUAAUGGUGUAAAAAGUUCCUAAGGUCAAGGUCACUGUUACUAAAAAUAGACUUGAGAAUACAGUUGGAAAUGCAUUUUAUAAGGUUCAUACAGACAGCCAAACUUACUCAAAUUUCUCAGGGUGGGCGAUACAUUGAUAUGUAAAUGUAAGAUUUAUGAGUGUGGGUGAAAUGAUAGUUUGUGUACAAGAUAUCUCAUAAAAAUGUCAAAUAUGUGUUGCUAUUUGUUUAUCUGGAGGCAAUUUAAUACCCAUGUAAAACUCAAAUUUAGAGACAUGUACAUUGUGGGGCCUUUUCUAUAGUGUAAGUAUUCUUAGUUACCCUUCAGGUUUCAUAUUUGCCCCCGGGGAGGAUGUGAAUUUUACCUCAGUUUAUACGUGUACCGGGUACCAACUAUUUGAUAAAUGUGGAUUAAGUUGUCCAGAGAAAGAGAAAAAUUCAUAACCUCAAAGACCGUUUGCCAGUCUGCCAUCAUAUCGUAAACUUGAUUUUUCCUCAAGCACUGGUUUUAUUUCCGUCCAGCUUUACAUUAGUUAGUCUUGCUAUAUCCACUAUGUUUGCGAUAUACUUUUCAUAUUUGUAGAAUGUAGUUAUUCAUAUUUGUACAAUGUAGUUAUUUCAUUUUGUGAGUUAUUUUAUAUGGCCAUUGUGAUAUGCAUGUAUAUUUAUAUAUAUAAUGUGUGUGUGUUUAAAACAUUUUCUUAAUGUACAAUUGUGAUAAGUCAUGGGUACAUGUAAAUUUAUAACCCCCCCCAACCCCCAACCCCCAACCCCCCAACCCCCUCCCUACACACACACACUUUCAGCAAGGGGGGUUACUUAGUAAUCAAUUGUGUACAAAAUAUCUCAUGAACCUGUAGACAGAUUUAUAAUGACUAACUGAGGAUACAGCAAUUACCCUUGGACAUUACUACCAAGUGGUGUCAUGAGUUGGACAGGUGUAACUAGUAGUAUUCUUAUCGUUUCCGAUUUGAAGUGUGAUUGGAAGUUGAAAUGGAGUGCUACUGGGCUGUCUCUGUGUUGACUUAUUGGUGUGGAUGUUCAAAGAAAACGGAAUUUGAGUUCACAUUUAAUUCCUGCAAUGUGUUAUGCAUUAGGAGUCAGUGAUCAGGUAAACGAGGAUUUGGAUAAUGUAGCAAUCCCGUCAGUUUGUAUCCCUACACAGAUUUAUUUUAUAUUCACACCAUACCACCACAGUAUGGAAUUCUACACCCGAUUAGAUUUAGAUGGUCAUUGUUUGAGGUGAAAGGUCACAUUUGACCUCUUUUCAAAUAAAGAUAAAAGACUUUUGCAUAUUUACUGUUUAUUUUAUUGAUGAAGGGGAGGGUGGGGGUAACAAUAAUAUAUGCUUUUGUAAUUAUGCCCCUUUGCUCCGAUUGCUGACUGAAUCUUGCCUGGGCAACUCUCCUCCUACAGUUUGAUGUAAAUAGUAUGCACAUGUACCUGAACUUCUGUUUUUGACUCGGCUGUUUUGAUGGCAGUUAUGCCUCUUUUGUGUCUACAGAAUCCUGUUCUGGCUACUCUUUCAAGUGUUUUCAAGCAAACCUUGUAGUUGUGUGGCUGUUCUUAUUGUUUUGAUCUGCUAUUUUGCCUUUUGAAGAGACUUGAGUGGCCCAUUUCAAUCACACUUUAAACAAGUUACAUUCUGGACUUCUUCUCAAUAACCUAGAGGCCGAGGGUCAUGAUAUUGGACAGUAGCCUGCUGUCAGUAAAGGCUACCAAAUUGGUUGAAAUGAAUAACUUUGACCUGCUUUCAAACUCACCAGGAUCAAAUGUGUUAAAAUAUAGCGACUUCUUCUUGAUAACCAAGAGGCCCAAGAUCAUGAUAUUAGGUCAGCAAUGGUAAGAUGAAGGGAUACCAAGUUUGUUGAAAUGUUUUUGUUUUUGUUUUCAUUUACCAAACCAUCUUCAUCAUCUCUGUGCUUGCCAGGGCCAUUUCCGUUUUGGCAGUUCAAAUGCUUGAACCAGUUGGAAAAGAGUUGUUCAUUUAUGAAAUAAAGACAGACCUGGUGUUAUUAUAUUGUCUUCAGACCAAGCUUUACAAAGACUUUCAAGCCCUGUAUCAACAUCUGCAGGUCCGUCAAGAUAUAUGUCCAAGAUAUUACAUAAAUAUUACAUUUAAAAAAUGACAAACCGGUUCUCUGCAUAAAUGGAAAGGCCCAUGGUAAACAUUUUAGAAACCUUAACAUCUAUAUAGAAUUCUUAAAUGUAUUGUGUUUUGUAAAGAAAUGUUCAACAGACUGCUGCAUGUUGCUGAUAAUAAAUAAGUUGUGUAUGUAUCAAUGGCCUUUUAAUGAUACUCUAUAAAAUAUUUUUUGUGUUGACACAGCAAUGUUUAAUUAUUGUCUUAACAUUCCAGGUCUUCAACAACAUUAAAAUAUAUAUUACAACA